AUGGACAUCACAACUAUUUUGAACAGAAAAGGUUCUGCCGCUAUGGUCGCCGCAGAAGCUCAUCAAUUUGAUCAGCAGCAGUUCGUGCAGAAUCAUAGUAUGGAAACUUCUUCGCCUAAAAUGAAGUCGGAGCCUGGCAUUGCCGAAGCUGGUGAUCACCAAGUCCUCUCGUAUCCGCCUCAUGCCCCCAUGAACCAGAUGCCGAACAUCCAUCAGGACAUGCGCUACGCCCCGCAGACACACCCCGGUGUCGGAUAUCUGCAAAAUACCUACGGCGCCGGACCGUUCGCCGCUGCUCCUCAGCCCCAAGGACGGACAGACCCUCCCCCGAAGACAUUCCACUGCGCGACGUGCAGCAAGGGUUUUGCUCGACGCAGCGACCUGGCAAGACACGAGCGAAUCCAUUCCGGCAUCAGGCCUCACGCGUGUGAUUGGCCAGGGUGCGGGAAACAGUUCAUCCAGCGCUCUGCUCUGACGGUCCACUCUCGUGUCCACACGGGCGAGAAGCCGCACAUGUGCGAAAGAUGCGGAAAGCCUUUCAGCGAUUCGUCUUCAUUGGCCAGGCAUCGCAGAAUCCACUCUGGGAAACGACCUUACAAAUGCCCCUAUGCAAACUGCCAGAAGACUUUCACUCGUCGCACUACCUUGACUCGUCACCAGAACCAUCACACGGGUACUAUUGAAGAAGCCGCCGCGGAAACCGAAGCCAACCUGCGACAGAACAAGGAGAGAGCGCGAGUCGGCGACGGGAUGUUUUCGGAGCACGGCUCGGUGUCGGUCCACUCGACUCCCUCUCCGGCACAUCACCCGAUCUCUCCGGCUGGGGAUCUUCCUCCGCUGAACAUGUCUCGUCCCGAUUACUACAUGGGCAGCGGCCCUAUUCCGCCCCAUGUUCGUGGAGACUUUUCGCAGGCGAGCCCCCGGGCAUCUCCCACGGCCACCUCUCCCUCGCUGUCCAGCUUCAGCAGUGCGCCGCUCCCCCGACCUUCGAUGACCUCCCAUCCCUCGGGUUACGCUCCCCCUCAGCCUCUGGAGCCCCCUGCCAACAAUGACCACCGGCCGAAUAGCGUCAGCGGCAGUCCUCAUAUGUCGAACUUGGGUUGGGCAUCGCCUUCUCAUGGCAGCAUCCCGUCUCCGGGGUCCGCGAACGACUUUGCCUACCCUGAGCCCAACGGACCGGCGUAUGCCAGCUCCAUGCCUCCCCAUAUGUACUUUCCCAACUCCACCAUUCGGCGACCCACCAGCACCGAACCUGAGAACUAUGAGAUGAAGCCUAAGCUUGGCGAACACUCAUGGACUACUCCGGUCUAA